CAUGUGAGCUUCAACUACUACUACUUAUUGCUUAUAUUUUCCUACAACACUCAAAAAAAAAAAAACCAGUUCUUUCUUUGUUUGUAUUUAGAAGAAAAUGGCUGCCAAUUACAACGAAAAGCUUCUUCUUAACUAUGUUCCCGUUUACGUUAUGCUUCCGCUGGGAGUUGUGAAUGUGGAUAACGUAUUUGCGGACCCAGAAACGCUUGAAACGCAGCUCAAGCGUCUCAAAGAAGAAGCUGGCGUCGACGGCGUGAUGGUCGAUGUUUGGUGGGGAAUCAUAGAAUCCAAAGGUCCCAAACAAUAUGAUUGGACCGCCUACAAAACGCUAUUCCAGCUAAUCGCGCGUUUGGGACUCAAAAUCCAAGCAAUCAUGUCUUUUCACCAAUGUGGAGGAAACGUCGGCGACAUCGUUACUAUCCCGAUCCCACAAUGGGUGCGCGAUGUCGGUGACAACGAUCCCGAUAUCUACUACACUAACCGUAAAGGAACAAGAGACAUCGAGUAUCUCUCCAUCGGUGUUGAUAAUCUUCCCCUCUUCGCCGGAAGAACCGCGGUUCAGAUAUACAGUGAUUACAUGAGUAGCUUCAAAGAAAACAUGGCGGAUUUGAUAGAAGCCGGCGCGAUUGUUGACAUCGAAGUCGGACUUGGUCCCGCCGGUGAACUUCGUUAUCCUUCUUACCCCCAAAGCCAAGGUUGGGUAUUUCCCGGCAUCGGAGAAUUUCAGUGUUAUGACAAGUACUUGAAGAAAGAUUUCAAGGAAGCGGCGGCGAAAGCAGGGCACCCUGAGUGGGAUUUGCCGGAGGACGCCGGAGAAUACAAUGACAAGCCGGAGGAUACUGGAUUUUUCAAGAGAAAUGGGACUUAUGUCUCGGAGGAGGGGAAGUUUUUCUUGACAUGGUACUCGAACAAACUCAUCUUUCAUGGAGAUCAGAUCAUAGGAGAAGCCAACAAGAUCUUUGCUGGACUUAAAGUUAACUUGGCUGCCAAGGUUUCGGGGAUUCACUGGUUGUACAACCACCAUAGCCACGCGGCAGAGCUGACUGCCGGAUAUUACAACCUUUUCAAGAGAGAUGGUUACCGUCCAAUCGCUCGGAUGCUCUCAAAACACUACGGCAUCCUCAACUUCACUUGCCUUGAGAUGAAAGAUACCGACAAUACCGCUGAAGCCCUAAGUGCUCCCCAAGAACUUGUUCAAGAGGUACUGAGCAAGGCAUGGAAAGAAGGUAUAGAAGUUGCGGGUGAGAACGCAUUAGAGACCUAUGGAGCCAAAGGUUACAAUCAAAUUCUUCUUAACGCGAGGCCUAACGGGGUUAACCCGAACGGUAAACCGAAGCUUAGAAUGUACGGAUUUACUUACCUUCGGUUAUCCGAUACGGUCUUUCAAGAAGACAACUUUGAGCUGUUCAAGAAGUUGGUGAGGAAAAUGCACGCUGAUCAAGAUAAUUACUGUGGAGACGCGGCGAAGUACGGGCAUGAGAUUGUGCCGCUGAAAACGCCGAAUUCGCAGCUGACGGUGGAGGAUAUCGCCGACGCGGCUCAGCCAAGUGGAGCAUUUAAGUGGGACUCUGAAACCGACAUGAAGGUCGACGGUUGAUUAUAUUUAUAUGAUUGAUCGUCUAAUCACAAAGAAAGUAAGAGAAGGAAUCGUGAGAAUAAGAAGAGGUUUUAUCAAAAUAAAUAAAGAGAAUAAGAAGAGGUAUUUGCAACUUUAAGGGGUUAAAAUUUCGUAAAUGUUUGGUUGUGUGUUUUGGGUUACCGGAAGAAAUAAAACGUGUUUGCUAUGUAUUUUGUGAAGUGUGUAUUUCUGGUUGAAUUAUGGCUGUGUAAUAAAAAAAAUUUGUUUGAUUAAGAGUUUGUGUAAAAAAAUAAAUAAGUGUUGUCAGUAAAAUAAUGCAUCAUUGUGACGUAUUGUCAGAA